UGAAAAAUAGUCUCAUGGAUAUCAGGUGUCAAGGUAACUCAGGGAAAUGUAUACACCGCCCCUUUCUUCUACCGCUUUCCCACCGCAAGCUCUUCGAGGAAACAUCAACGUUGGACACCAAACGACAUUGGGUCAAAUUCUCGCUAGCAGCUCAAUUUUUAUAUCGGGUUCCCGAACAUCUUGGGCUCAAGUGAGCGCCAGGUUAAGGCCGACUCUACACCGAAUCGUAGAUGGUACUGCAACUGCAGGCCAAGCCAUCAACUUCGCGAUGUUUUCGUUGUUUCCGCCGACGUUUAAGAACCGGGAGAACGGCAUGCGCGUAGAUACUGCUAAGAUGGGUAUUCCUAAUAUCGAAUGGCGUUUCGGUAAACAGUGAGAUGCGCAGGCUCUUCAAGACCUGGGCCCACCCUUUUUCAGAUUUCCUAGUGGUAACAAUCUCGUGAGAUUCGCUGGUCUGUACAACAAUAUCUCUACUGACUCACGUAUGAGGAGGUUUGGAUUACGAUGCUAUCA